GGCGGGUGGGGGAGGGGGUGGGGGAGGGGAGGAGGCUGAGGGAAAGCGCUGUGGGCGGUCCCUGAAGGGCCUCCAAGGGAGACGCCUAGAAGAUGGAGGCCCAGAUUCUUGAGACGUUUCUCUUUCUGAUCUAGCAGGAGGGACAAAGAGCUCCUCCACUCCCUCAUUCCCCAAGAAGGCCCCCAGCCUACCCAGUUUCCGUGACCAUUCCGCCCUGGGAAAGCGGCUUCCCAGACCUCCUUAUCUAUUUUUCUUGAAUCAUGAGAGAUGAAAUUGCAACAACAGUUUUCUUUGUCACAAGAUUGGUGAAAAAACAUGAUAAACUAAGUAAACAGCAAAUAGAAGACUUUGCAGAAAAGCUGAUGACGAUCUUGUUUGAAACAUACAGAAGUCACUGGCACUCUGAUUGCCCUUCUAAAGGGCAAGCCUUCAGGUGCAUCAGGAUAAACAACAAUCAGAAUAAAGAUCCCAUUAUAGAAAGGGCAUGUGUGGAAAGUAAUGUAGAUUUUUCUCACCUGGGACUUCCGAAGGAGAUGACCAUAUGGGUAGAUCCCUUUGAAGUAUGCUGUAGGUAUGGUGAGAAAAACCAUCCAUUUACAGUUGCUUCUUUUAAAGGCAGAUGGGAGGAAUGGGAACUAUAUCAACAAAUCAGUUAUGCAGUUAGUAGAGCCUCAUCAGACGUUUCCUCUGGCACUUCCUGCGAUGAAGAAAGUUGUAGCAAGGAACCUCGUGUCAUUCCUAAAGUGAGCAAUCCGAAGAGUAUUUAUCAGGUUGAAAACUUGAAACAGCCCUUUCAAUCUUGGUUACAAAUCCCCCGCAAAAAGAAUGUGGUGGACGGCCGUGUUGGCCUCCUGGGAAACACUUACCAUGGCUCGCAGAAGCAUCCUAAGUGUUACAGGCCUGCUAUGCACCGGCUGGACAGGUACUCCUACAGGAAAGAUCUUUUUUCUUAAUCUGGCUAAAGGUAAAGCCUCCAGCACCUGGACAACGGGCACCACCACUCUGGCAGAGAGAUCCGUUUGAGCUCCAAUGACAGGACCAGGCUUCCCAGUCCAGGGGUCUAUGGCUUGAGCCCCAAUCGAGAUUGGGAUUAGACCUGUGGGAUGCCAAGCCCACCACUGGCUUUAGAAACCAGAGAUGGGGAAGGAAGGAAGGUCCUUUUUCUGGCAAAAAGGAAGCCGGAAGAGCCCCUGACCUCCUUUUGCCCUUCAAAGGGCUCUAAGCUGGAUUAUAGGGCUCCUGGUGGCCACAGCCCUGGCGUGGGGGUGGGUGGUGAGUUUCUGAAGUGCUGGUCUUUGAAAGGACCCAAUAAUCUAGGGGAGACAUACAUGAUUUAUGGUCCUGGGGUUUUGGAAUCUCUGGGCACCUUUAAUUUUGGGUCUCAGCAGCCCUAGCAGAAGACCAGAAUGACCCCUUCCCUUGGCACAUGGGUACCCCUCCUGAGCUUUAGGGGGUUUUCUCUCCCAGAGCUAAGUCACAUUCCUGAGCUCUCAGAGGUCCCAAGUUCUCUCCUACCUUUGCCAUCAGCGUCUUCCAUUGAGCCUGCCAGCGGUGUGGCAUCGCCAGAAUUCUCAUCAUGCUCCAUGCCCAGGAUAGGCACCAUGAGCCCCGAGCCCUCAGGAUCUGGGAUCUCCAUUCCAUACAGGGCUGGGGCCCACAGCUCUGUCCCAGGAUAGCGCAUCAUUCCCAACACCAGGGGGAGAGGGAGUGAAGAGGAGGAGUUGAGGGUUAAGCAUCACCCUGAAGUCUUUCCAGGUUCAAAGUACUACGUCCCUGACCAGAGAGGCUUCCCUGCAAACACUACAUUUGUUUUCUUUAGGCUCAACUUAGCAUUCUGAAUUCAGAAAGGAAGAAAGGACAAUGCCCUAAUGGCCUGUUUUGGAAGAAGCAAGUGGGAAUUGAGUGGCAUCAGACCUUUUGAGAAGCUGAGAACCACUUCUAAAAGAAGGGGGCUUGUGUUCUUGAGCACCUGCCAUUCCUCAGAAUCUGCACUCAGGACUCUGUAGAAGUUAUAUUUCACUCAGUCCUACAACCCAAGCUAUAAAGUAUGCACAAUUUUUUUUUUUUUUUGAGACGGAGUCUCACCCUGUCACCCAGGCUGGAGUACAAUGAUGUGAUCUCAGCUCAUUGCAACCUCCACCUCCUGGAUUCAAGCGAUUCUCCUGCCUCAGCCUCCCAAGUAGCUGAGAUUACAGGCUCCCACCACCAUGUCUGGCUAUUUUUUGUAGUUUUAGUAGAGACGGGGUUUCACCAUAUUGAUCAAGCUGGUCUCGAACUCCUGACCUCAAGCAAUCCACCUGCCUCGACCUCCCAAUGUGCUGGGAUUACAGGCAUGAGCCACCGUGCCCGGCCAGUAUGCACAAUUUUACUCUUCCUUUUAAAAGAUGGUAAAACAGUGGCAGGGAGGGGUUAGUUUUAAUAACUUGCCCAAGGUCAAAGAGUUAAUAAAUUGUGGGGCAGGUCUUCAAACUC